AUGAGAGUACGACUAUAUUUUCUAAAUCCGACUUCCUUCACAUAUCAGUAUAUCGAAAUUUUUACCUCCAAACGGGAAACUGCACAAAUGACUACGAGCGUAACAGAAGACCAAUAUAUUCGCACGUUGGCUCAGUACAUUCGUUCGAACGAACGACGGAUAUUUACAAAUAAUUCAAAUAAUUCUUCAUCUCCGUCUUCGUCUUCGUCAGUCCUAACUGGCCACAGAAGGUCAGAUAGUAGUGGCAGUUUCUCCAUGACCAAUCUUUGGUCCUUUUCUGCAGCUUUGACCAGCUCUUAUCUGAAACAAGCCGUCUCGACAGCACCAACCACCCCAACUUCACCCUCGGGCUCUGCAGGCAGCCCCAAAAAUAUUUUGGUCACCCUUGAUCUUCACCACUUAUAUCUUUUACUAGUGCGGUUUAGUGAUUUGGGUCUCGAUGUUGGCCCUUUUGAAGCAUUCGCUGAUAGUAAGCGGAGUGAAGGUGACAACAUCGAUAUUGACAUAAACGACCCUGUGGAGACAAUGUCAGUUGCAUCCGUGAAUUCGGUUAGUUCGGUGUCGUCCGCCAUGUCCUCGCUAUCACUGUUUUCAGGAUGGCAGGGGUGGUACAAUGCCGCUCAAAAGAAUGAAAGUAUUCCAAUAAAGCAAGAAGUACAUUACAUAUAUCGUGCAUUUACCAAACUUUCUGGCCUUAAGCUUGCUGUCAAUAUACAAAAAAGGAUUGAUGGUUCGGAUAAUUGGUCCAUCAACUCCAUAUUACCUUUACCCUUUUUUAAACAAUUAACUCACUUGGAAGUCAACGGGAUAGCUCCGAAAAUGCUUGAUGGAUGGGAUGUAUUGCAAGAAAAAUUGGAAUAUUUAUCGUUGCAACAAGGAUCGAUUGACGACAUCUAUGAGUUAUUCGUUGAUAGUGUGGUUGACGGGCUGAAAAGAAGACAAAAAGACAUUAAAGCCGACUCAGGUGAUAAUGAAUCCCUCGACGGCGCAGGAAAAUCCGUGGAAUCUCGGAGAGUUCUGGUCGAUUACUCGCCGGAUAGCAUCUUGCCGCCCAGGAUUUGGGUUCAACUAAAAACAAUAAUCCUUUCGGACAAUUCACUCACCUUCGUUGCAAAUGAACCGCUUUCUUAUCUAACCGAGUGCGUGCACUUGGACCUAUCGAACAAUCUAUUAAUUGCUGUUCCAUCCGGACUUUCUCAGUUGUUUAACCUUCAACAUUUGAACCUGAACAAUAACAUGAUAGAGACAGUAACCGGCAUUUAUCAGAUUCUUAAUAAUAUUACGAGACUAGAUUUAAGAAAUAAUCGAAUUGAAAAUCUGUGCGGACUAGAGAGAUUAUGGUCUUUAGAGCAUGUGGACGUACGUGAGAAUCGAUUAAAUGAUUGGGAAGAAGUCAAAAGAAUGACGGAUCUACAUGGAAUAAAACAUAUUUACGUGGAGGGUAAUCCAUUCACAAAGUUCCAGCCAAAUUACCGAGUCAACAUCUUCCAGGCUUAUCGCGAUCACGAUAUCGACGUCAUUCUAGACGGCGCAGGUCCUUCGUAUAGUGAGCGCCGUCAGUUAACAAAUAAUCGACCUAUCCCGACUUCACACCAUACACCUGUGGCUGUCAUAAGCGGCGAUACACCGCUUUCCACUA